AUGAGGAACAUUGGAUGUCUGAGAUACUUACUCCACACUAGGCCUGAUCUCUCGUUCUCAGUUGGUGUUCUCAGCCGUUAUAUGCAGUCGCCAAAGGUGUCACAUGAGGCGGCAUUAGAGGUGGUCCUGUGGUAUCUAAAGGGAACAUGCGACUAUGGUAUAUGUUUCAAGAGAGCUGAGGAGAGUCGAGUUGUUGGAUACAGUGACAGUAGUCACAAUGUAGAUGAGGAUGAUGGACGGAGUACAACUGGACAUGUGUUUUAUUACGCUGAUUGUCCGAUUACUUGGAGCUCACACAAGCAAGAAACCGUAGCAUUGUCGUCGUGUGAGGCUGAAUUUAUGGCGGCGACUGAUGCUGCUAAACAGGCUAUUUGGCUUCAAGACUUACAGGGCGAGAUACAAUGA